GCCCUAGACGGGGGCCUUUUAAAAGCUCACUCGCUCUGGCGGCCCACUGUACUCCGCCAUGGCGAAGAGAAAGAAGGGAAUAGCCGACGACGACGAGGGCCGCCCGGCGGACCCGGAGACAGAAGAGAAGCGGCGUCUGAGAUCGCUUGCCUUUUCUCGGAAGCUCCUUCGACGUACCUCCUUGCAGCCUUCCGCUCCCCUCGAACCCUCCAAGGCUGUCGUCAGGCUCCAGGGCCGUGACAUCGUCAAGCGUGGCCAGAGAAAGAGCCGGUAUCUCUUCUCCUUCCCUGGACUGCUGGCCCCUCUAUCCUCUGGUCGGAUCGGCGAGCUCACCGACCUUGGUUCUAAGAACCCGAUCCUCUACCUCGAGUUCCCCCAGGGAAGGAUGAAGCUUUUUGGCACCCAUGUUUAUCCCAAGAACAAGUACCUAACUCUGCAGCUGACCAAGUCGUCCAAGGGUGUUAUGUGCGAAGAUGUCUUUGAAAGCAUGAUUGUGUUUUCUGAUGCAUGGUGGAUUGGCCGAAAGGAGGAAAAUCCACAAGAACUCCAACUGGAGUUGCCUAAAUGUAUUAGUGAGUCAGAUAAAGUCCCUAUAGAUUAUGACUUUAAGGGAGGUGCCGGUUCCCCUGCUGAGGAACAACUAGGUGGAAAUACGCCUGCAAACAACAAAAGAGAACCACUUUCUCCUAAAACUGAAUCUGAGGAUACAUUGCCAGAUGAUUCUGACAAUAUGAUGGAACAAGGAACAAAGAAUGCGAGUGAAGCAACGCCAGUUCGACAAUCAACUCGAAAUGCUGGGAAAAAGAGAAGUUAUGCAGAAUCUUCAGAAGACGAUUCUGCUUAUAAUGAUGUGGAUGUACCUGAAAUUAUUGAUGAGAAGAUGGAGAAAUCAUGUCCAAUAGAUUUUGGUGAUGUAGCUUCAACAAGUGAGCUUGUUGACAGAAAAGUAUGUUCAACUGAGAAAGUAAAGAAAGCUGCAUCAUCUAAAGGGCCCAAAGGAAAUGCCAUCAACAAAAAAGGCACACUAGUUCAGGCUACUUUAUCUAAUUUAUUUGAGAAAGUUGCUGAUGAGAAACCCAAACGCAAUUCAAAUGCUUCUCCUGGAUCUAAAGGGCCUGGCAGUGGUAGGCCAACAUCAGCUUCAAAGAAAUCAACUGAAAAAGACAAGGCAAAGGGGGCUGAUAAAAAAGAGGCAAAAUCUGGUGGCAAAAAGAGGGGGAAACAGAAUUCAAGUUUGCAGGUGCCUGUGGAACCUGAAGACAUCUCAAGUGACUCUAAGGUAAACCAUAGAAUUGUCGCAUUGUCUUCUCUGUUUUUUUAAUUGUACAGAACCACAUACUCGUACUAAUGUAAGAAUUGAAGUUACCUAAAAAUUCAUUGCCUGUUGGUUUGUUUUGCCAUCAUUAACUCGAGGAAGAUUAUUCAACAAGGUUAGUAUCUAUUCUAAGUAUAAUUAAUUAUUUUUCUCUAAUUAUAGCUCUAAAUGCAAUUCUAGUACGAGAACUUGAGAUAUUUGUUAUGAUGGGAAAUUGCAAAGGGACUUAGCAGCAUAGUAGUUGUUGACUAGACCUUUGUUGCACGUCUAGGAAAUCCAUGCUUUUAGAAAAUUAUAUAUCAAUGAUUUAAUUUGUUAGCUUCCAGUGAUCUGCGAAACAAGAGCAUCUUAGACUUCAUUUGCUGAUGAAAGCAUCUUUACUGCAUGAGAUCUCCAAACUACUGCCUAUGUAUUUCUGACUAAACCGGUUUGGUUGGAACUUUUUGAUGUUUAGAACAAAGGUUGAUUUGUGAUUUUUUUUUUCCAUAUCUGAUGUUACAUGCAUUUUUUUUGUCUGGUCUGAUAUAUUCAUAAUCAAGUUUUAAAUUCUUAAAUACAAUUUUCCUUCACAUGUUGACUCCUU